AUUAUAACGGUCUAUAUUCCAUUCCACGCUAUGGAUGAACUUUUAGAUCUUAGAGAGAUUCUCAAUUUCUCUCUCUCUCAGUCGCAUUAUAUUAUAAUUUAUAUAAUUUAAAAGGAAAAGGAAAAAAAGAAAAAAAAGGAAAAUAACCAAAGCCCUAGUUUUCCUGGAUCCUUCUCUAUAAGUUUGCGUGGAGCCGAAUCUCCACCUUCCACGCAAAUUCUCCAUCUCCCAAUCUUAAUCCUUUGCCGAUUGCGAAUAGUAUUUCUCUCGCCAUCGUCGAUUUGGGUCAAUGCCAUCGUCGAUUUGGGUUUCUCAUGUUAUUGUCUUGUUUCGAUUGUUAGUUUCUCUCGUUACCGUCAGAGAUACAAGCGCGUAUUAGAUCUGCGUUUCGGUAUUUUUCGCAUCUCUGCCUUUAGGAUAGCAAUCUCUUUGAAUCGGCUGAGUAAGAUAGAUUUAUCUGUUAUCGAGCAUGUUUCUUUCGAGGCAGAGGGGAGUUUUGUGGAAGUUUGAGUUAUUGGUUGAGGAGAAGCUGUUCAAAUACUGGGAUGUCUUUUAGCAAUUCAAUCGAAUUCCUUAUCAAGUGAUUCUGACGAUUUUCUGGUCGGUUAGAUGUGGAAUAUGCUUGCGUACAUGGGGGGUUUAUGCUUCUUUAUUUGUGUUCCUUUUAAUGUUUUUCAUCAAUUUUGUAUUGUACGUUAGGAAUCUGGCAUCUUUUGUUCUUUUAUGAGCUGGAUGGAGAAGUUUUUGCGUGGAUGUGAGAAUAAUAAUUAGGGAAAUCGGGGAAGUAUGAGAUUGUGCAUUGUUGCUCUGAGAUUUAAUAACAUUAUGCCCAAAAGUUCACUGCUGGAGUUUGAUAUAGAGUUAAUUGUGCUGGGUCUCAUCUGAUCCAAUCUCAAGGCAUGGAUCGUCUAAGCUUUUGUGGUUGAAGUUUGAACACAGGAACUUCAUAUGCUAAGAUGGGCAUGCAGAAUUUAAGAUUUGGGUGCAGAAUUUGAGAGUGACUCCUGGGAAGUUAGUGAGAAUUUGGUGUUGGAAUAAAGUGAUAAAAGACCAAGAUACUUUUUUAAGCCUCUGAGCUCUUGGAAUAAUGAUGGCCGUACCAGAAAGUGAAGAGGUUGGUUUUAAGCGCAUUGGGUUGUCAGCUACUGAUUAUGGUGCAAGUCUUCCUAUCAAGAAAAGGAGAUUUCCGGUUGUGCAGUCUCCCCCCUCUCCAUCUAAAGAUAUAUCUUCAUUUCAUCCAGAUGGAAAUUUAAUGAAGAUUGAACAGCCAUCUCCACCUAAAGAUGAGUUGUUUCAUAUCAAUGCAAAUUUAACGAGUGAAAGGCCGAGUCUAUCUGUGACAAUAGUUUCAAGUUCUAGUGCAGUCACAAGUUCUGGGUUGUCGAACAAGAACCAGGAUUGCGUUUCUAACGAAAAUAAAGGCGAAUCUGGAACUGAUUCAUGUUAUGUGGAUGUGGUCCAGAGUGAUUCUGGAAUGCCGGUAGUAAAGUUUCAGGAAUCUAGUUUGGGAAGGCAUGUUUCUUUGAAUGGUUAUGUUGAAUGUGAAGACAAGUCCUUGGUAACCGAAAAACACACUGUUCAUGCAUCACCAGAGAUCUGUGGGGGGCUGAAGUUAUCAUCAACUAGCCUUAACUCCGAUCCUCAUGCUGGUAACAAAGAGGAAGAAAUUGAUGUAAAAGUUGAAGGAGGAGCUGAAGUACCUGUAGGUUUGAAGGAAGAUGUGAAACCAAAAUUGGUUCCUGAAAAGAGUGAUAUGAAUUUCCUGAAGCAGAACACUGAGGAACAUGUGUUACUGGACUUGUCUUUAAACAAGCAGGAAAGUGGCACCCACUGUGUCAAAGGUAAUGCAGGGUCUGAUUAUGAUGGUUCUCUUUUGCAUUCAAACAGGGAAAAUUGGGAUCUAAAUACCUCAAUGGAUUCGUGGGAGAGUUGUACUAGUGAUGCACCUGUAGGGCAGAUAUCAUCCACUCAGACAAAUACGGCUGCUGAGACGAAUGUAUGCUCAUCUGAAAUGGUUGAAAGUGACAAUCCAUGUGUAAAGCAAAGCUUUUUAGAUGGUGAACAUAAAGGAAACUCUAUUAAUGAAUGCAUACCAGCAAAUGAUCAUCUUCAUUUAAGUCUCAAUUUAUCUUAUCCAAAGCCUAUGCUUGAAGAAGAUCCUUAUCUUUCUGAAUAUGAAUCAGAUGGCAAUUGGGAUAUUGCUGAGUCUGUCGAUGAUGAUGAUAAUAAUAUAGAAGAAGAUUAUGAAGACGGUGAGGUUCGGGAAACAAUGCCUGAAACUGAAGUACAGGUCCAUAUGUGUGAGAAACGAGGAAUUGAGACUUUUGAUCAUGCUGAUUGUGAUGAUAAGAAGAUCAAUUCAGUUGGAUUGCCUAAUCGUGAGGGUUUCACUUUAGGCUCUCUAGAACAGGAAACUGAACCAGAAAAUCUGAAUGUUAGAAGUGAAGACGAUGUUCAUACUACAACUAUAAGUAAAUCUUCUGAACAGGAAAAUGAAGAUCGUUGUGUGGAAGAAGUACAUGCUGUAGAGUAUACUAGUAUAGAGGAUGUAAACAGGCCUGUGAAGGCUGCAGGAAGAAACCAAUUGUCUCAAUAUGAUGAAAGGGAUGACUUUGAGGGCCAGGACACUGCUGAUAAAGCGAUUGAUGGAAUUCAGCAAUUGAUUCCGGCAGUUUCUCAGGGUGAGGUGGAGAGUGCUAUAGCAGUAGAUAUAGUGCAGAAUAAGGAUUUAAUUUUGCCUAGUGUCAAGGAGUCUGUAAGUAGUGAUGAUGUGAAGGAUAUUUAUAGUGGCACUAAAAAUAGCCGGAUAAUUAAUCUUAAUCGAGGUUCUGCUGAUUCAACUCCUUGUAAGGAAAAAUCUGGUUUUGUCAGGUCAGUUUUAUCUCGUACUGAUAGAGAGUUUGUACCCAGCAUGGCACUUGAGGGAGCAAAUGUGCAACCUCAAGAAAGAGAUGACGCUUAUGGUGAUACUACCAAGAAAUUUUCAGUAGACAGAUCCCAGGAUCAGUCACAAUGGAAGAAUUUUAGUCAUAGAAGAGGGAGAAGUACUAAUAGGUUGGAUACUCGACCUGGCGAAUGGGAUUUUGGUCCCAACUUCUCUCCCGAAACAUACACCGACCAACAGAUUGAUUACCAUGUUCCUGGUCUUGAUCAAAACCGAUAUAAAAUUAUACCAGAUGGUCCAUUUGGUGGUGCUAACCAUCGUGGUAGGCAAUUGCCAGAUGAUGAGGGGCCUUAUUUUUUCCAUGGACCCUCAAGGAGGAAAUCACCUGGAAGAAGACAUGGGCCCGGUGUACAUGGUGGCAAAAUGGUUAACAGAAUUCCUAGAGAUUUUAGUCCAAAUAGAUGCUUGGAUGAGGGCGGUUCCUUUGAUCGACAACAUGGUGAAAAGUUCACUAGGAAUUUUGCUGAUGACACAGAGGAUCCACUAUAUGCACGACCUCAACUUCCAUAUGAGGUAGACAGACCUUUCUUUCGGGAAAGAAGGAACUUCUCAUUCCAAAGAAAGAGUUUUCCCAGAAUCGAUUCCAAAUCUCCAGUGAGAUCCCGAGCUCGUUCUCCUAACCAAUGGUUUUCUUCGAAAAGAUCUGAUAGGUUUUGUGGACGUUCUGACAUGAUACCUCGAAGACCUCCAAGUUAUAGGAUGGACAGGAUAAGAUCUCCUGAUCAGCCUCCUAUACGUGGGCGUAUGGCAGGCCGAAGACAAGGAUUCCGUUACCUUUCGCCAUCUGAUGAUAUGAUGAGGGACGUGGGUCCUGCACCCGAUCAUGGCUCCAUAAGGUCUCUUAUUCCCAAUAGGAAUCAGAAUGAGAGAUUACCACUUAGAAACAGAAGUUUUGAUGCCAUAGAUCCCAGAGGAAGGAUUGAGAGUGACGAACUUUUUGAUGGUCCUGUACGUUCGGGUCAAUUGAGUGGGUAUAAUGGUGGUGAACAUGAGGACGACGAAAGAAGAUUUAAUGAGAGACAUGAACCUGUCCAUUCUUUUAAGCAUCCAUAUGAUGAUUCCGAUGGUGAGAGAUUUCGAAACAACGGUGAAGAUUGUUCUAGGCCUUUUAGAUUUUGUGCAGAGAAUGACUCAAGAAUUUCAUGGAAGAGAAGGUAGCUUUUUGGGAGAGAAAAUGAGUUGAGAACUUAUACCAGGCGAGUGGAGAUUGGUUUAGACUAGGCCAUUCUGUUAGUGUAACUUAGAUGGUUCAUAGAUGAUAUUUUAUGGUGCAAAGGGGGAAAAUUUUUAUGUUCUCUUUUGUUUUAUUUCAUAAUUGCAAUUGUAAAAAAUUCCAUUCUCCAUGCAGAAGAGUAUUUGCUUCUCAAGUGCUAUUGUGACUUCAAACUGACUAAACAACUAUGCAAAAAUUGUUCUCUUAAUCGUUAAGAUCUUUCUUGUCCA